AUGGACCACGGCACCAGUGUCGCACGUCCAGGUUUUAACGAAAAUGGCAAAGAAGUCGAGCUGAAGACAAAUUGCUAUCAAAUAUCCCAGUUCCCAACCAAGAAGAUCUAUCAGUAUGACGUCACUAUUGUGAAGGCCGGAAACGAGAGUGCCACCGUGACCUCUACUGCCCGGAAAUUGGUUUGGGCUUCCGAUAUUCGUAAAUCGAAAUUCAGGCAGAUGAUUUACGAUGGGGCCAAACUUGCUUGGUCUGACAACAGCUAUGAUGAUCCCAGCGGAAAUUUGGUGCAACUGGGUGACUAUACGAAAAAGGAACUGGCUAGGGACAAAACUAGCGCUUUCCGCCUGAUGGUCCGCAAGUCGAAAGUUAUCAACCUGCAAGUUCUCGAAAGCUGGUUGCAGAAGAAAUAUAGUUUCGAUGAGAGCGUUCUAGAAGCCGUAAACUUCCUAGAUCACCUUAUGCGCGAAGUUCCAUCAACCAAGCAUACCCCUAUCAAACGUGCGUUCUACAACGAGAAGGAAGAUGGUGGCAAUCUCCACAACAACCUGAAUGUUCUCAAAGGAUAUUAUCAGGCUAUUCGAGCUGCUAUUAAUGGUCGUCUUAUCGUGAACGUCGAUAGCGUUCUAUGUGUUUUUUGGAGGCAGGCGAGUCUCUCCAGUCACGCCGACACUUUUCUGAGCUUAUUUGACUGGCAAAAAACCGCGAAAGCCCUCAAACCCCGACUCAAUAAUCCUAAAAAUCCAUGGGAAGGGUAUGAGUACAGCCCGGCUCACAAAUACAUCUGGAGCAAAAUGAGACACUUGGAAGUGAGACCUAUGCAUCCAGGAUGCAUUGUCACGCGCUCUUUUCACAUCUACCAAGUCAGUACGGCCAAUGCCCAUAAGGCUACUUUCCCACUGAAGGAUGCGGCUAGCGGCAAGGAAAGGACCAUUUCAGUUGCAGCCUUCUUCAAGGAGAAGUACAACCAGGUGUUGCAUUGUCCAGAGUUGCCCGUUGUGGAAAUGACCAAGAAGGGAGUUCUUUAUCCGAUGGAGUGCCUUGAAGUCGCACCUCUGCAGCGAUACAAUCACAAGCUCGAUGAACGACAAACUGCGGACAUGCUGAGAAUUGCUGUGCGUAAACCAGAGAUUAGGUUUGGUGACAUCGCUAAAGCAAAAACGAGACUCGAUCAUGCUGGUGAUCCCGUUCUAAAACAUUUCGGAAUGAAAAUCUCUGACGCCCCAAUCAUCACCAAGGCGCGCCUUCUGCCAGCUCCAGAUAUACAAUUCGCCAACGCGAAGAUUGAUCCACAGACUCAGGGACGCUGGGACCUUCGUGGCAAAAAGUUCAUCGAAACGAACCGGUUCCCCUUAAGCUCCUGGGGCGUUGGUGUCUUCAAACAGGGUCGCAACGCUCUUACAAAGACCGAAGCUGAGAAAUGGGCCGAAGGAUUCAAGAACCAAUAUAUGGGUCACGGUGGAAAGGUCAAGUCAUCCCCGUUCGUCACGGAGCUUACCGGAGACACUGCAAUGGCUAUCCAGCGUUUGUUUGAGGGUACCGGGAACCAUUUCAAACAACGCCCCCAACUACUUAUUAUCAUGAACUGUGACUGUCGUUUUGGUGUGCCAUCUCAAGUGGUUCAGUGUGCUCAAUACAUGUCCAAUGUUUCCAUGAAGGUUAAUGCCAAAUUGGGAGGUGUUACUUGCAAGGCCGUUCCCAAGUUCAAAGAAGCACAGAUUAAACCUGGUUCUAUCAUUAUUGGCGCAGACGUCUCUCAUGCGUCUCCUGGAAGUCUUGCUCCUUCUCUGACGGCUAUUUCAGUGUCAGCUGACAAGGUUGGUGCUAAAUACAUGGGCAGAUGUGAAACUGGAUUGAGACGUGUGGAGAUUAUCGACGAGCAAAAUAUGAAGGAAAUGUUGGUGCCUCUUGUUGAUCAAUGGACGAAGACAGUCGGUCAAGGCCGUCGCCCACAAAACGUUUAUUACUUCCGAGAUGGCGUGUCUACCGGCCAGUUCGCCCAGGUUCUCGCUAAGGAAGUUCCAAUGAUCAAGGAUGUAAUUCAUCAUGGAAGCGGCGACAAAUUGCCGCCCAAGGUCACGGUAGUCAUCGCGAAUAAGCGACACCAUCUCCGUGCUGUGCCGAAACCGACUGACAAAUCGGCCGCUGAUAGAAAUGGCAAUCCGCUUCCAGGUACUUUAAUUGAACGUGAUAUCACAAGCCCACACACUUGGGACUUCCUUCUUAUUGCACACGUCGCUCUUCAGGGUACUUCUCAGCCGGUCCAUUACCAUGUUAUUCGGGAUGAAAUCGGACAUUCUGCCACUCACUUGCAGAACAUGAUAUACAAUCACUCCUAUCAAUAUGUCCGUUCCACUACCUCAGUCUCGCUAUUUCCAGCAAUUUAUUACGCGCAUCUCAUCUCGAACCGUGCACGUCCACAUGAGAGUGUUUCAGAAGAGCAAGGUCCUACGAGUGGCGCAUACAUCAAGUUAGAUAAACAUACCGAGAAGACUGGUUCGGGAUCUUCGAACCCAAAUGCAUUGAGCAAGAUGGAAGGUGUCGACGAUACACCACCACGUUUGCUAAAGAUGGUACAGAACGAAACUCGCAAUCACCUGGAGAUGUGGUUCGUCUAG